AUGUCAGAGACCAAUAAUGGAAUUGGCGAGAAGCCUAAGAAGUCUUUGAUUCUCAAUGCCUUCGUGGAGAUGUGCAGUGGUCACCAGUCUCCUGGACUGUGGCGACACCCCGAAGAUGAAUCUCACAGAUUCAACGACAUUGACCACUGGGUAGAACUGGCUCAAUUGCUUGAGUCGGCCAAAUUUCAUGGAAUUUUUAUCGCCGACGUUCUUGGAGGCUAUGAUGUCUACAAGGGACCCCGAAACCUGGACCCAGCCGUGAUCUCGGGUGCUCAAUGGCCAGUUAAUGAGCCUUUGGCUGUGGUACCGGCUAUGGCAGCAGCAACCAAGAACAUUGGGUUCGGAGUUACUGUCACGACGACUUAUGAGCAACCCUAUCAUUUGGCUCGACGUCUAUCAACCGUCGAUCAUCUUACUAAAGGACGAUUGGGUUGGAAUGUUGUAACAGGAUAUCUCGAUUCUGCAGCCCGAAACAUGGGCCAAGCCGAACAGCCACACCACGAUGACCGAUAUGCCGUGGCAGAGGAAUACGUCAAAGUAACCUACAAGCUCUGGGAAUCAUCCUGGCGCCAAGACGCCGUGGUCCUAGACCGCGAGCGAGGCGUAUACACCGAGCCCUCACGUGUACGACAAAUCAAUCACUCAGGCAAAUACUUCAACGUACCAGGCCCACAUCUCUGCCAGCCAAGUCCACAGCGCACCCCCGUCAUCCUUCAAGCGGGAACAUCCAAGGCUGGAAAGACCUUUGCAGCGCAACACGCUGAAGCCAUCUUCGUCGCUGGACACAGUCCUGCGGUCGUCGCCAAGAACGUCGCCGAGAUCCGUCAGCUUGCGCAGAGUGAGUUUGGACGUGAUCCCCAGAGCAUCAAGUUCUUGGCUUUGCUUUGCCCUGUGCUUGGCCGGACGGAGGAAGAGGCGCUUGAGAAGUUCAAGUAUUAUCGUAGUUUAGGAUCGAUCGAUGGGGCUUUGGCGCUCUUUGGGGGCUGGACUGGGAUUGAUUUGGAUACUUAUGGCGAUGACGAAGAGCUGAGACAUGUGGAGAGCAAUGCCAUUCGUUCUGCUGUUGAAGGCUGGUCGAAAGCCACUCCUGAGGUCGCAAAAUGGACCAAAGCCACUGUGGGCCAGCAUAUCACCGUGGGUGGCCUAGGUGCCACUCCUGUUGGCACAGCGGCGCAGGUGGCUGACAAUAUGGAACGCUGGAUCAAAGAGGCCGAUGUUGAUGGAUUCAACCUGGCUUAUGCGGUCAAACCAGGCUCAUUCAAGGAUGUCAUUGAUUUGCUGAUCCCUGAAUUGCGCCGUCGUGGUUUGUUCUGGGAUGAUUAUGCGGUGCAGAAGGGAACAUACCGCGAGAAUCUAAACGCGACGCCUGGCCAAUCUGGUCCCCGGGAUGAUCACCCUGCGGCGAAGUAUAGGUGGAAGGCAGGCGUUGACGCUGCUGAUCAUCCAGUGCCGGAGAAUUAA